UUUCGNACCCUUAGGGCUCGUGUGGCUGCUAAGACAGAAGAAAAGAAAUUGGAGUUGCUGUUUCUUCGCUGGAGUGAGCAUCAUAAAAGACUAAGCAAUUUUAUAAGGACUAAAGCAGAACCUCCAAUCUACUAUUUGCCUAACAAGCCCUUGGAUGAAGAUCCAACGUCACUUGAGAAGCGCAGAGAAGAGGCAUUCCUAGAAUGGAAGAAUGCAAGAAGAGAGGAAGUGUCUGAGUACCAGAAACAGAUUGGGGAGCAGUACCUUUCCAAUGUUGAGAAGGAAUUGGAGAGAUGGCAUAAUGCACGGAACGCAAGGAAAGCGAAUAAUGACCAGAAUUUACAGGAGACUAUGGACAAAGAGUUGGAUACACACAGGCUGGAGCAUGGUCCCAAGAAAAGAAAGAUCCCAGAUGGAAACAAUAAUGAAGAUGAUGAUGAUGUGGAAGAUAUAAAUGUGGGGGAGGAUGACAUGAUGGAUGAUGAAUUAGAGGAUGACUCUGGUAGGAGGGUUGAUGAAACAACAAAGUCGGAAGCUGGUAACGCCAUUGCAGAUCCUGCAGCUGAUGCCGACAAUGCAGAAGGGAAGUGAUCUCGCACAAGGUCACAAUUUUCAUUAGUUCUGAGUUACAUUUGUUUUUGUAGUUUAUUCCUUGCAAUUUAAGUUUACGUAUUUGGACUUGCAGCCUUUCUAUUUUCUGGUAUUAACCUGAACUUUAUGUAUACACUUGUUCUCUUUGUACUGUUAACAUCCUUUGGAGAAGGAGUUUGAAGAUUUAAAAGCUUGGUGUAGUUUUCUUCACUUGGGCAAUUGGUACAAAAUUGAAUUGUAGGAUGAAACAUCCCUCAUGCAUGAAGUAAAUAUUCAGAUGGUGUGGUUUGAUUCA